AUGGUCGGCGGCCGCCCGGGAGGGAGGCGGCCGGGGCUGCCGGGGGCCGGGCUGCUCGCCCUGGCGGCGCUCUGCCUGCUCCGCGCGCCCGGGGCCCGCGCUGCCGCCUGCGAGCCCGUCCGCAUCCCGCUGUGCAAGUCCCUGCCCUGGAACAUGACGAAGAUGCCCAACCACCUGCACCACAGCACCCAGGCCAACGCCAUCCUGGCCAUCGAGCAGUUCGAGGGCCUGCUGGGCACGCACUGCAGCCCCGACCUGCUCUUCUUUCUCUGCGCCAUGUACGCGCCCAUCUGCACCAUCGACUUCCAGCACGAGCCCAUCAAGCCCUGCAAGUCCGUGUGCGAGCGCGCCCGGCAGGGCUGCGAGCCCAUCCUCGUCAAGUACCGCCACGCGUGGCCCGAGAGCCUGGCCUGCGAGGAGCUGCCGGUGUAUGACCGCGGCGUGUGCAUCUCCCCCGAGGCCAUCGUCACCGCCGACGGCGCGGAUUUUCCUAUGGAUUCUAGUAAUGGAAACUGUAGAGGGGCGAACAGUGAACGCUGCAAAUGUAAGCCUAUUAGAGCUACACAGAAGACCUAUUUCCGAAACAAUUACAACUAUGUCAUUCGGGCCAAAGUUAAAGAGGUCAAGACCAAGUGCCACGAUGUGACUGCGGUGGUCGAGGUGAAGGAGAUCCUGAAGUCUUCUCUGGUGAACAUUCCAAGGGACACGGUCACCCUGUACACCAGCUCUGGCUGCCUGUGUCCCCCACUGAACGUUAACGAGGAGUAUAUCAUCAUGGGCUAUGAAGAUGAGGAGCGCUCCAGAUUACUGUUGGUGGAGGGUUCUAUUGCUGAAAAAUGGAAGGAUCGACUGGGUAAAAAAGUUAAGCGCUGGGAUAUGAAGCUCCGUCACCUUGGACUGAAUAGGAGUGAUUCCAGCCACAGUGAUUCCAUGCAGAGUCAGAAGUCUGGCAGGAAUGCUAACCCCCGGCAGGCACGCAACUAA